CUGAUUUCUCUCUAGCAGAGAAUUUGGCACAUCUUUGCAGUCUCGUCACUCAAUCACUUUUCUUUCAAAUCACGAUGGUACGCGUUGCUCUUCUAGUGACCGUUCUGGCGGCUCUGUGUUACGGAAGCCAGGCCACCCCGCUCCAAAUUGGAAAUAAGGAAAUUGACUUGACCAAAACUAUUUCCGACAAGGCAAAACAACUGCUUGACUAUAUUCCUGACGGAGUGAAAGACACAUUUAGGGACAUCAGCAACAAAAUCACGGAACGUAUAGGACAACUCGAGAAAGAUUUCCAGGAAAAGAGACAGAGCGCCGUAAACGCAUUCGAGAAAGCUACAGAAAAUGCCAAAAAAUUGUUACAAGAGGGAAAGCAAAAUUUAAACGAAGCUCUAGAAAAUCUCAAGAAAGUGAAACAAGAAAUUGAGGCAAAUUAUCAGGAUAAGUUGAAUGAGAGAAUUCAGAAUAUUAAGUACAUCCUCGAUAAGUUGACUAAUGAAGAUUUGAAACAGAAAGUGAAGGAGAAAAUUAAUUCACUUAAAGAUCAAGUAAAAGAGACCUUUGAUAGGGUAUUAAGAAGGAAGCAAAGUGGCGUUGAAACUUUUGGCAUCGAAAGUAUUAUAGACAAGGGCAAAAACAUUUGGAAAAAUAUCCAUGACAAAUUUACAGAAAAAUCGAAUAAUAUUAUGAAUGAUGUCAAUAAGGCCACCAAUGAACUUAAAGAAAAUGUAAGCAACACCCUGCAGAAGAGUGGACAAGUAGAAGCUUUGAAAAUUGAUCUGAGUAAAUCCUUGGACAAAUUUAGGGAAACGAUAAAAAAUAUCAAAGAAAUAGUAAAGAGAUCGAUCAAGGAACAAAUCCAACAGUCAGGGUUCUUUGAUACCAUCGUGGGAGAAGCAAGAAGAGGAACGAAAAACGCCGGAUCCAGCGGAAUUGAAUCUAUCAGGGGAAUCUUAAAUGGCAUGGAAAGCAUACUGGAAUCGGCAUUGGGAACAAAAGAAGAUGUCAAAGGAGAUACUAAAGGAGAUACUACAGAAGAUACUGAAGAAGAUACUAAAAACAAUACUAAAAGUACUUAAUUCUCUCUCGUCUAUGUAUCGGAAACACGACUCUUAUUAUCUUAAUUAUAUUUAAAAUUAAUGUGUUCUUGGGAGAAGCCACAAAUUUAAGUUUCAAUUUUAAUAAUUCUCUGAAAUUUCACACAUAGUUUUGUCAACAAUUUGGCAUUUUACGGAAAUUUUCACCUAGUGAGCAAAAUCUGUAACAAAUCCUAUCUCGAUUUUCAAGUGUCUCGAUGCUAAUUAAUCUUUUAAUUAAAAUCGAAUUGUGCCUCAACACGCAAAUUAUGUAACACUUAUCAAUUGUAAUGAAAUUCGUGAACACAAAUAAAGAAACAUGCAAGUUUUAA